AUGGCAGAAAAUAAACCCACAGCACCGCCCAAGAAGAGCGAAAUCGAUUUCGCCGGUGGAACUACCUCUAUCUUCCUGGAAGAGGAGCGCGAAGAUAACCGAGUGAUGAGGUUCUCAUUGAUCGGCGCGGUCAUCUUCCACAUCAUCUUCUUCGUCAUCAAUCUGCCGAGCUUCGCCAAGCAGGCCACGGCUCAGGAGAAAGAGAAGAAGGUUUACGUGGUUCAGCAGGUUCGGUUCCAGCCGCCUCCGCCGAAGCAGAAGCAGGAGAUCCCGAAGCCGAAGGCCAAGAAGGUGCCUAUUCCGGAUCCGACGCCCGACGAGCCGGAGCCCAUCCGUCUGGAAGAGCCCGAGCCUGAAGUGGAUCUCCCCGAGGUCGACGACAUUGUCUUCGGUAUUCCCGAUGCUCCGCCCGUCGCCGAGCCGGAAGGUCCCAUUCACGUCGGCGGUGACGUGCAGAAGCCGGAAAAAGUUUCGGCUCCGCAGCCCCAAUACACCGAGAUCGCCCGCAAAGCGCGCAUUCAAGGUGUAGUGAUCGUGCAGGCGAUCAUCGACAAGGCCGGAAACGUCACCAACGUGAAAGUGCUCAAAGGGCUGCCCAUGGGCCUCUCGGAGCAAGCUGUCGAAGCGAUCAAGAAGUGGAAGUUCAAACCGGCUACCCUCAACGGCAAGCCUGUGGACGUCUACUACAAUCUGACGGUGAACUUCCGCCUUCAAUAG